AUGUCUGCCCACGCAGAUUUCUCGCCCGAAUUCGACUUGGUCGACUCCGACGAAGGGCCUCUUUCCUACCUUGAAUUCAUCAACAGCCACGACCCCGAUAGCCUACACGCCUAUGAGGCUUCGAGAGCAGCCGACUCAAAAGCCGUUUUAACACCUGCGCCAAAUCCGCCUCCUAUAUCAAACCCGGCAAGCUCUCCCGAAUCACCAAGCCCCUCCUUUCCGGACUCAUCCUCAGAAUCAUCUUCUUCAAAGCAGACUGGAGGGAUUACUUCAGCAAAACCUGGCUUCGCAGCCAGUGACGUGAUGAUGGACGGGUUGGAAUUUACGGGCGAUUGGAAAGUCGAAGACUUCUUGCACACAGAGGAUGACAACAGCAUAGCCACGGAUGGGACGAUUAACCCAUUAUCCAUCGAAAACCCCUUUGGUCUUGACCCUUCUAUUGGUACAUCCACUUUCGAGUUCCAGAGCCCGAGUAGUACACCGAGUCCAUUCGCCAGCGGAGCCUCAGAGCAGAUGACCUCGCCCAGGUCACCGAAUGGACAUAUUAAUGGCACUCCCAAAUAUUCCAAGUCUUCCGAGGUUUCCAAAAUGAACGGCCGAGGACAUAACAAGGCCAUGUCGCAGUACUCGCUUACCCAGUCAAUGUGUGAUCUCAAGACAAAGUCUAGGGAGGUUUCGCCCACCUCAAACAUGGUCUUCAGCCAGGAUUCAUCACCGUCUGCGAUGCUGAACAACUCGCCCUCCCCCGCCGGCAUCGAUUUCAUCAGCGCCACUGGAAUGGGGAUCCCCGGCGAGGCAGCGCUCUUCGCCGGAUUUUCCUUCGCACAUGGACUUCAAAAUGCGCCGAACCAAAACAACGGAAACAUGCCUGCGGUAUUUCCAAAUCAGCAAAUACCACCCAGCGUACCAGGACAGGCGCAAUUUCCGAUGUACCAACAACCUCUCUUUGGCUCUGGCCCGCCCUGCCGCUUAACCAUCAAUCAAACCCCCCUCAAGUCACGUGUGGAAACGCAGAUCCCCGUAAAGCUGACCAUCUCGCCGUUACCUCCGGGCAUCAAACGCCUGCACCUGCCCAGACAUACCAUCUCGAAGCCCAAGCUCAUCGCGAAGCCCUGGCCGGAGAGGUCCCCGGAUAUGCUUGAACUCACGGUGAUGCUGGUUUGUACAAGCGCGAUGCAAAAUCCUGAGGUGCGCAAGCGCGCCCUGGCCCGCGCUGCUGCCGCAUCAUCAACGUCAAAACCAGGCGAUGGCAAUACCGAGGUCGACAAGGAGGAAAUAAAACCUCAAGACGGCGGCGAGGUUCACAUAUGCCCCGGUUGUAUCACACGAGAAAGGAAACGUGCGGCUCGGAAGAAAGCGAAAAAGCCAGAAGAAGAGGAGAACUGGACUCGUGACGAGCACCGCCGUGUAGUUGUCUUCAACACACACGAGAUUAAGGAAUGGCAGGAUCCAAACGCUCCCGGGCCCAAGGCAGCGCAGUCAGGGCACUACCUCACUAGCGGAGUCAUUGACGCACCGAUGCGGAUAGCAUGCUACUGCAGGCAUCACCAGGAAAAGGGCGGGUUCCGCGUAAUUUUUACCAUCAAGGAUCAUAUGGAUAAGCUCAUCGCCCAACAACUUUCCGAGUCCAUUAUGAUAACCGAUGACCACAAGACUCCACACACCGCGCAAGCCACCACCAACCCGCAAUCUGUACAGACUUCCGGUUCGGACUCAUCACUAAUACAAGGAAAUGGCAAUCCGGCACCUCAUGACACUACCGCUCCGAGUCCCGGUGCUUCGGUACCUGGAUCUUCGCACUCACACUCUGAGGUGCCAGCUUCCAAGUCUGUCACAUUUCCUUCAGGAUUAUCCACUCCUCAACAACCCCAACAUAUAGUUCAGACACCGCGAAAUCUGUCAAGGCCUGUGUCGCCGAACGGUACCUCCGGCCCGAGUGCCAAGAAGCGAAAAUCUAGCGGAGGCAUCACAAAGGUACCUUCAGGGCUAGCUAUGACCAGGAUCGAAACUUCGCAGUCGCCUGGUGCAUGCAAGCCGACGGGUAACGGCCAGAUGAACUCAGCGAUGCCUUCAGCCACAUCACCCUUCACUCCUAACCUGAGCUCAUUCUCAAUCUCUGCCGAGUCCAUGUUUGGGAAUGGUGGAACUCCCAACGGGGGCAACAUCGCUCAGCCUUUCAACGGUGGCCCUCCCACGCCCAAUGGCAACGACCAAGUUCUGUUUGCAACCAGCAACGGGGCAGCUGGCUUGGACAAUCUUGCCAUGGCUCAGCUUUAUUCUGCCCCUGGAUCUGCGCAUCCCAGCCGUGCCCCCAGUCCGAACAGCCUAAGAAACAACUCAAACGCCAGCGCAGCGCAUCAGCAACAACCACAGUCCCACUUGGAACGAGCCCUGGCCAAUGGCAUCUACAAUCUCCCUAUGAACAUGGCACAGCCCCGGACGCAACUCUCCGUGAUUCACAAGAUCAUCCCUAAUGAGGGUCCAAAAUCGGGAGGUAUCGAGGUUACCAUACUCGGUGGUGGAUUCUAUCAAGGGUUGGAGGUUAUGUUUGGUGACCAGAAGGCAACAACGACGACGUUCUGGGGCGAGAGCUCACUCGUCUGCUUGCUACCACCAUCUCCCGUUUCUGGUGCCGUCCUGGUAACGUUCAAACAGAAUGGACAAACAGCACCCCAGCAAUUCACAUCUGCAACCAAACAUCAGCCCAUCUUUAAGUAUGUGGACGAUGACGAGCAGCAGUUGAUGCGGACCGCUUUGUCCGUUCUGGGGCACAAGAUGACGGGCAAGAUUGAGGAUGUGAGGGAUGUAGCUCGAAGGAUCAUCGGUGGAGGCAGCGGCGACAGCUCAAGCUGGGGUAACUCGAACGGUAACGGCGGUCAGGGUCCCGUUGGUGGCAACUACAACGGCUUCUCCUUCAACGGUGCCAGCACUGAAUCACAGCUCCUGAAGGUCCUCGACUUGAUAGAUCUGGAUGAUAGCACCCACAAGGCACGACUCAAUCUGCAGAGGCGCACGGGUCAGACAAUGCUUCAUCUCGCCUGCUCUCUCGGCCUCCACCGCUUUGUCGCGGCCCUGUUAGCUCGUGGGGCGAACCCUGACGCCCGAGACAAGGGAGGCUAUACGCCACUGCACAUCGCAUCUCUCAACAACCAUGUUGAGAUAGUGAGAAGACUAAUUGCGAAAGGGGCGGAUCCGACCAUGCGUACACUGUCUGGUUUAACUGCGGCUGAUAUGUCCCAGUCUCGUGACAUACUAAAGGCCAUUCGGCGCUUGGAGAGACAUAGGCGAUCACAAAGCGGCGGGUCGACGCAUAGCAGGGUCAGCAGUGCGACAUCUCUGCGAUCGCUGUGGGAGCCUGCUUCUGUCCAGCCCACUGCCAAAGAAUACACGUCGGAGGACUCUACUUCAUCCGGCGAGAGUCCCGAGUACUCGGAGAAUGCCACUUCAGAAGACGACUCUGACAUGGCUGCCUCCGAUUCUGGUGGCAACGCAUGGUUGAACAUGAGGCGCGCGAGUACGGCUACUGCGCACGAGGGAAACAUUGUGCAACCUCUAGAUGGAGUCGACGGUGUGACACCUCCCGGGCUGGCAUCACCAUCGGCGGCGGUAAUGGCCUUCAGGGAACAAUGUAGAGACCAGUUCCAGCACUUGCAGCAAGCUAUGGCUAUGAGAUUGCCGACAUUGCCACAAUUUCCCAACUUUUCGCAGAUGGGUCCGAUCAACUUCCCAGGAAUGCCACCAUUGUCAGAAUACCAGGGUUACCUGAACUCGGCACCUGUUUUGCAGCGCAUCUCUUCCCUGGUUCCAAACAUUGGCGGCAGCGGCGCAAAUGAGUCAAGGCCAGAACAGAGGCGGGACAUGGACGGCAAGUGGUGGGACUUUUCCGGAUUGGUCAACCAGUCUUCGGCACCGCCACCGGCAUAUGACGACAUCUUCCCGCGGAAAACCAACAAGGAUAUGGAUACGAAGCAAGCAUCAGCAGCGCGAGCGGCAGCGGAAGCCGAGGCAGACAUGAAGUGCGCGAUCAUGUACGAUGAAGAUUCUGCCACUGCAGGGCCGAGCACGUCGGCAAUCGAUUCUGAUGAGGACCAACAGCCUGAACAGCUGCCGGCCUUGUUGCAGAUUGGGCGGAAAAACACAAUCACCAAGGAGCAGCAAGAUAAUCUCAGGCGAGCGCAUGCGGAGAAGAGGAAGGGAUUGAGAUCGGAUCGGAAUCUUUUCAUGAUCUGGAUCCCGGUCCUCAUCGUCGUCUUUCAUAAACAAAGCGGCACGCAAGAUGCAGAAGAUUCCGAGUCUUCGGCACUGCGCGGAUGGAAAUCCACGGGGGUUUGCCGUCGGCUGGGCCGCGACGAGUUCUGCGCCUUUACGAAACCGUCCUUCAACUCGGGCGAGGGCACCUCUCUGAUCACGACGCGGACGACGCUGGACGAGCUGGCCACGCUGUUCGCGUCGGACGCGCCGGUCUACGGAUCACCGGCGCACGACUCGUGGGUGCCUGCGGAGUCGCGCCCCUACACCGAGGUUGCCGUGGUCGGCAAGGGCAUCGGCCUCCGCGCCACGCAGCCCAUCCGGACGGGCCAUCUCAUCACGGCCCGCACGCCGGCCGUCAUGGUGGAUGGGCGCGCGCUGACUGGUCUGGCGCCACAGGAACUGGCUCGGCUACUCGUGCCUGCCGUUGGCGGACUGCCUGGGCACCACCUAGCGCAGUUCCUGAACCUAUCGACGCACGACGCCGCCAAGGACCACACGGACAAGGUCCACAAGAUUUAUUCGACAAACGCGUACCGCACCUCGAUCCGCCGCGGCGUCGAUUUUCACUCAACGUUUGUGGAAGUUUCACGCAUGAACCAUGAAUGCAGUCCCAACUGCGCCGCCUAUUUUGAUCCCCUGACUAUGUCGCAGCGCAUCUACGCAGUACGUGAUAUUAUGCCGGGCGAGGAAUUGACCGUCUCUUAUAUCGACCCUGUGCAAACUCGGGAAGCACGCCAAAACCGCCUACGCAAGGACUGGGGUUUUGGCUGCAGCUGCCAACGCUGCACGUCCGAAGCGCACUUCGGCGCCGAGUCGGACGCCCGCGUGGAGCAGAUCAAGGCGCUGUGGGCCGAGCUGGACGACUACUCGGCGCGACCGCAGGCGGCGCGGGCGACGUACCCAGCCAAGGCGGAGCUGCUGAUUGCGCUGUUCCGGCUCGAGGGCUUGGAGAACCGCAUCCACGAGGCUUACUACCGCGCGGCUCUCGAGAGCAACGGGGCGGGCGACGCCGUCACGGCGGCAAGGUUCGCCCGGCUCUGCCUGGACAGGGGGUUGUUGGUCCGCGGGCCCAGCCAACCCUUCCUGGAGGCCAUGAGGAGCGUCAUCGCCGAGCCAGAAAAGCACUGGAGUUGGCGGUUCAGGGUGGAUGGCAAGGGUGGGCCAAAGUACAACAAAACCCAGAUCACGGCAGAUAGAGUGGUUCACCAACUAACUGUUCACGACAGCUACGGCGAUUUUUCCCCUCUUCCUCCUGUCGACUUCUGUAGAUUUUUGCUCCUAGGGCGGAUUUCUUACAAGGGUGAUGUAGCUUGUCAACACCGUGGCGGCGGGAAGCUAAUCUCGCUUCGCCGCACUGCAGACAGGGGAAGUGCUAGUGGGAGUAACAAAAAAACAAAGAGUCGACUUCGACAUGAGGACUUCCGGGACCCAAGCUCCUCUUGGACAAAUGGGAACGGGACCCGGAUAACAAAGUCGUAG